AUGCUGAACACUGAGCAGCAAUAUGAAGAGCAUGGACUUUAUCUUGAACUGGUCGGCAUGUCGAAACAACUCAACCAAGCAAGCUCAUCCAGAAAUCACAAUCUUUGCCAUCGUUUUAAAGUGAUGCUUAGGAAGCUGGUGCGAUACGGUAGUCGUUACUGUGGGGAGGUGGCGAAGUGCGUUUGUAUGGAUAUCAAUGUUCAAGCAGGUGUGCUACAGUGCAAUGCAGCGUGUGACAACUUGUUUAAGGAUAUCACAAACAUUAAGCCGAGACGCUACACAGCUUCCGGAGUGCACAGAUUAUCAUUCAGUAGUACUGCCACAGUGUUCAUCUUUCUAAGGCUGUUUUGUCUUGUUUGUGGAACAACUUGCCAAACCCGUCUUUUGUGA